UUGUGUAAACAUUGAAACUAUUUAUAGUCUGUCAUGAUUCAGCAAACAAAUAUCUAACCUAACAUUAGUAGUUAACCUAGACAUUAAAAUGAGACUAAUAAAUAUUUGUUUGAUUGAAGACAUGCAUGUAAUAUUUAUCUGACUAUGGUCAAAUCGAUAGGAGUCUCCUUGUCAUCAUUUUGGACAUAAAUCCAAUGCAAAAACUUGUUAAACAAGUUUUGACACAAUGUCUGGAUUCAACGAUAGUUUUUUCAAAUGCACAUUUGAUGCAAACUGCAGGUAAUAGCCUAGCGAUAAUGGCUUGCCACAGCCAAGGUGCACAGUUCUUGUACCCACAAGAAAAAAUGCCUGAUGUAAGGCAAUUUGAUGGACAAUACGAAAAAUUUACUCAGCUAGAGCGCACAGUUCGGCAACAGAUUCACGAAAUGGUUGGAGAAAUGUCCAUGGAUAGGAAGGGCAAUGAAGAGAGUUUGAUAUCUGGUGCCUUAUCGAUGGCUUUGUGCUAUAUAGCGAGGAUGGAGAGAGAAAAGUAUGCUGGAGAACAUUUACAUCCAAGAAUCCUAGUCAUUACUGCUAGUCACGAUUCAGCAACGCAAUAUAUGAACUACAUGAAUAUUUUUUUCACUGCUCAAAAAAUGGGUGUGAUGCUAGACGUUUGCAGUUUAGACCACGAACUUACGCUGCUUCAACAAGGUUGUGAUUUAACUGGUGGAAACUACCUCAAAAUUCCACAACAGAGUGGACAGCCUCCAUUAGCUGGAUUGCUUCAGUAUUUAUUGUGGGUUUUUCUGCCAGAUCCUGCUGUCAGGUCAAAGCUGGUAUUACCACCACCAGUCAAAGUGGACUAUCGAGCCGCUUGUUUUUGUCAUCAGGAAUUAGUCGAUACCGGUUUCGUCUGUUCAGUCUGUCUGUCUAUUUUCUGCAAAUUCAGUCCAAUCUGCACCACUUGCCAUACCGUCUUCAAAAAUCCAGCUCCGAUUUCAAUGAAGCUAAAGAAGAAAAAGAAAAACGUCGAUCUCGGGCAUUGAAACGUAGCUUAGGUUGUUAGUUUAAAUUUAUAUUUUGUUAUACCAAUCUAGGUAUAAAUUGAAAACGUAAUUUCUUACUUGCCUACUUCGACUAUUACGCUAUUUCAUCUACUAUUUCAUAUUGUAAAUACGUGCAUCUACUUUCUCACGAAGAGCAUCGACCAUUUUCUACGAUCAGUUGAAUAAAAGCUAUUUUUUAUAAAA